AGGUUGAGCUUACGGUAGGUGGAAUCCCUUAUCUAACUUCACCCACUCCCAGAUUAUAAAAAUGAACAAUCUUAAGCUGGGCGUUGAAGUUAUUAGUGCCCAUGACCUCGCGCCCAAGGAUGGCCAGGGUUCUGUCAAUGCUUGUGUAGAGCUCCACUUCGAUCACCAGAAGUUCCGGACCACCAUCAAAGAAAAAGAUCUGAACCCUGUUUGGAAUGAGCAGUUCUACUUCAACAUCUCUGACCCUUCCUACCUUCCUAACCUGUACCUAGAAGCCUAUGUUUAUCAUAUCAACCAAGCCUCCAAUUCCAAGUCCUCCCUCGGAAAGGUUCGGCUCUCUGGUUCUUCCUUUGUCCCUUACCCUGAUUCUGUCGCCUUGCACUAUCCAUUGGAAAAGCAACAUAUCUUUUCGCGUGUGAAAGGAGAGCUUGGCCUCAAAGUUUUUCUCACUGAUGACCCCUCAGUGAGACCUUCCAACCCCCUCCCAGCUGUUGAUUCAUUUCUCAGUACUCCUCCUCCAGUUCGCAGUCAUCAAACUCCAGAUCAAUUCACCGGUCCAAAUCCGAACUUCUUUUCAGAAAACAGAGCGGAAUCAGUUCAGACCUUUCACCACCUCCCAAGAGAGCAGCACCAGCAACAUUCCACAGCCCCAGUCGGUGACCAGCCAGUGAGGUACGCUGCCGAGAUGAAAUCUGAACCACCUCGGAUUGUCAGGAUGUUCUCAUCGUCAUCAUCACAGCAACCAGUGGACUUUCAACUCAAAGAAACAAGUCCAUUCCUUGGUGGGGGGCGCGUCGUUGGAGGCCGUGUGAUACCUGGGGAGAAGGCGGGUGCUUAUGACCUCGUGGAGAAGAUGCAGUAUCUUUUCGUACGAGUGGUGAAGGCACGCGAGUUACCAGCCAAGGAUCUAACAGGGAGCCUUGAUCCUUAUGUUGAGGUGAGACUCGGAAACUUUAAGGGAACCACCAGGCACUUUGAGAAGAAGGCGAACCCAGAAUGGAAUGAGGUGUUUGCGUUCUCUAGAGAGCGAUUGCAAGCAUCGUUCCUUGAGGUUGUGGUCAAAGACAAAGAUCUUGUCAAGGAUGAUUUUGUUGGAAUCGUGCGUUUUGAUUUGAAUGAGGUCCCAACGCGAGUUCCACCAGAUAGCCCUCUGGCUCCAGAGUGGUACCGUCUGGAGGACAAGAAGGGGGAGAAAAUUAAGGGUGAACUGAUGCUAGCAAUAUGGUAUGGAACGCAAGCCGAUGAAUGCUUCCCGUAUGCACUGCAUUCAGAUGCUAUACUGCCUCCCGAUUCUGCUGCUGCUCUGAGCUCCCACAUCCGUGGGAAGGUUUAUCAUGCACCAAGGCUGUGGUACGUUCGAGUCAACAUCAUUGAAGCUCAAGAUAUUGUCGUGUCUGACAAAAGCCGCAUCCCGGAUCUGUUUGCUAGAGCACGGAUAGGGCACCAGAUAUUGAGGACAAAGACAAUUCAGUCUCGGACGGGGAACUGUCAAUGGAAUGAAGAAUUCAUGUUUGUGGCUGCCGAACCGUUUGAGGAUCACCUAAUCCUAUCAGUCGAAGAUCGUGUCAGCGCCAGCAAAGAGGAGGUGAUUGGCCAUGUUCAUGUACCUUUAGGGUCUGUAGACAGGCGUGCCGAUGACCGGGCUAUACUCCCGAAAUGGCUUAACCUUAAAAAGCCAGUGGCAGUCGAUGUGGACCAGUUGAAGGAGGAGAAGUUCUCAAGCAAGAUCCAGGUUCGCAUCUGCUUAGAUGGAGGAUACCAUGUGUUUGAUGAGUCCACUCAUUAUAGCAGCGACCUCCGACCAACUGCAAAGCAGCUGUGGAAGCCUCCAAUUGGGUUGCUUGAACUUGGCAUCCUUAAUGCGGACGGGCUCCAUCCAAUGAAGACGCGGGAAGGAAGGGGAACAGCAGACACCUACUGCGUUGCCAAGUAUGGCCAGAAAUGGGUACGGACUCGCACCAUCAUUGACAACCUGAGCCCAAGAUUCAAUGAGCAGUACACAUGGGAUGUCUAUGAUCCAGCCACGGUCCUCACCGUUGGUGUCUUCGACAAUUGCCAGCUUGUUGAAAGGGUUUCUGGUUCUAAUGGCCCCAAAGACAUGCAUGUUGGGAAGGUACGCAUUCGACUCUCGACUCUCGAGAGUGGACGUGUAUAUACCCACACAUAUCCUCUAAUAGUCCUCCACAGCUCCGGUGUCAAGAAGAUGGGAGAACUCCACCUUGCAAUCCGGUUCUCAUCCACAUCAACGUUCAACUUGUUGUAUCAGUACUCGAGGCCCCUCUUACCAAAGAUGCACUAUGCACGUCCCCUUUUGUUGAUGCAGCAAGAGAUGCUCCGUCACCAAGCUGUCCAAAUCGUCGCGGCACGGCUGGGCCGAAUGGAGCCACCUCUCCGAAGGGAGGUGGUGGAGUACAUGACUGAUGCUCAUUCUCAUUUAUGGAGCAUGCGCAGAAGCAAGGCAAAUUUCUUUCGCCUCAUGUCGGUCUUCUCGGGCUUGUUUUCAGUUGGAAAAUGGUUUGGGGAUGUGUGUGCGUGGAAGAACCCCAUUACUACUGUACUGGUGCACAUUCUGUUUGUGAUGCUUGUCUGCUUUCCAGAGCUGAUACUUCCGACAAUUUUUCUUUAUAUGUUUUUGAUAGGGCUGUGGAAUUAUCGGUUCCGCCCACGCUAUCCUCCCCACAUGAAUACUAGGAUCUCUCAUGCAGAUGCUGCGCACCCGGAUGAGCUUGAUGAGGAGUUUGACACAUUCCCUACAUCUCGGGGUGCAGAGCUUGUGAGAAUGAGGUAUGAUAGGCUGAGAAGCGUGGCAGGGAGGAUUCAAACAGUGGUGGGGGAUGUCGCAACGCAGGGGGAGCGGCUGCAGUUACUACUGAGCUGGAGGGAUCCUCGUGCCACAAUGAUGUUUCUGGUGUUCUGCCUGUUAGCAGCAAUGGUGCUAUAUGUGACACCAUUCCAGGUGGUGGCAGUCAUUGCAGGUUUCUACUUGAUGAGGCACCCAAGGUUUAGGCACAAGAUGCCGUCACUGCCAUUGAACUUCUUCCGGCGAUUACCAGCAAGGACAGACAGUUUGCUGUAAAAAAAAAAAAGAAAAAAAACAAAGAAAUUGUGGAUGGUUUUUCCUGUGAAACUGUUUCCAUUAGAAUAACUUGUGUACCUUUAUUUUAUGUUGUGCUGGUUUUGGUGGUUGUAGAUGUUGUGGUGGGUGAAAGACCAUAAUAAAUAUUUGAGUUGUUGCUCCUUUGUCAAUGCCUUUCAAAAA